GCAGGAAGUCAAACCGUCAAAGAGUUUCCGAUUUAGCGCAGAUUUUGUAAAUAAAGUGAAGGAGACUGGCCGAACGAAUGUGAGAAACUUCGGCCCCGAAAUAGUGUGCGAUUGGAAUUUUUCGAACUUAACUCGCGUCUGCUGCUGCAGCUGACUCGAAUGGUACCCUGACCUGUUAUAUAGUGCCUGUUCACACGCUGGUAUGACAGAGAAUUUUGAUCGGGCUCCCGGGGCGGGUCGUAACCGGUUGAAGCCCAACAGUCCUGGCCUCGGAGAGCAGGACAGCGGCCGGCUUGCCGAAGCAGGAGAGGGAGACGCCAAAGCAUCGUUUUUCAACCAGCGGGAACCGCUGAGACAGCCCCGGACGUCUCCCCCAUUGGUCGAGAGCAACAACCUGAGCGGAGCCGGAGACGCCCGACGACCAGUCAAAUCCUCACAUGCAGCACAGAGCAGCAGCAGCACUCCAGCCCUGAAAGCACAGGCAGCAAGCGCCCUUGCCAUCAACUCCAGUCUUUCUGUCAACGCUCCAGAGUUCUACCCAAAGAACUACACGCCCUGCCAGGAAACUACAUAUGAAGAUGGCUCUGAUGGUUAUUACACAGAGACAUCCUUGGCGGAACUGGUGCAGGAGUUCCUCAAUCACCUAAACGCUUCACCUGCUUCUUUUGAAUUGGAAAUUGAGCAAAUGACAGCCACUCUAAAUGCGUGGGUCACCACAGAAGAGACUCUGCGUGAACUUGUAGAACUCAUCUACACACAGUCCACAUCGAUCCCAAACUUCGCCUACACGGGUGCACGGCUCUGCAACUACCUGUCGCAACACCUGACCAUCAGUCCGCCCAGUGGCAAUUUCCGAAAGCUGCUUCUCCAAAGAUGUCAAACUGAGUAUGAGCAGAGAGACCAGGCAGUGAAGGGAGACGAGGCCACACAGAAAAGCUUCCACUCCUAUGUGCUCUUUCUGGGAGAACUGUAUCUGAACCUGGAGAUUAAGAGCAGAAAGGGUCUGCCCUCUCGUGCAGAGAUCCUGCUCAGCGCGCUGAAGGACCUGACAGACGCUCUCUUCUCCAACCCUGUGGAUGGGAACCUCAUCUGUGCUGUGAAACUACUGAAGCUAACGGGCUCCGUUCUGGAAGAUGCGUGGAAGGAGAGCGGUAAGUCGCACAUGGAUGAGUUGGUCCAGAGAAUCGAGAACAUAGUCCUGGAUGCCUCCUGCAGCAGGGAUGUGAAGCAGAUGCUUUUGAGGCUGGUGGAGCUACGGUCCAGCAACUGGGGCAGAGUCCGGGGAGCUUCUGCUUCAAGCGAAGCCACGCCUGACAACGACCCCAACUACUUCAUGAAUGAGCCCACUUUCUACACGGCAGAUGGCACGCCUUUUACAGCAGCUGAUCCAGAGUAUUCGGAAAAGUACCAAGAAAUUUUGGAUCGGGAAAAUUACUUCCCGGACUACUAUGAAGAGAAUGGCAACGAGGAAUAUUAUGACGUGGAGGAUGAAAUGGACCCAGAGAUUGAAGAAGCUUUUGAAAAGUUUUGCUUGGAAUCAGAAAAGAAAAGAAAAUGAGGUGAUGGAGGGGAAACUAAAGAGUAGACUAGCACAGACAAAUUUUAUGUUCAGUAUGCUGGAAUGUUUGCUGCUGUUUUUAAAGAGAAUACAACGAGGUUCAGUGACAAGUUUUAUGUUAUAAGCUUCAAACAUUAAAAAAAAAACGUGCUUACAGUUA